GAGAUAGACUGCCCCUGGAGUUGGAGGUGCUAGAUAACUCAUGGCCGGGAGACUUUCCUUUUCCAUUGAGGCCUCUUUCCCUUUCUGAAAGCGUCUGAGCGGCGGGCCAGCACCCUCUUCACUCCUUAGUGGUCCUCAGAGUUUAGCCCUGCCGGGUUGAUAUUCGGAACGUUCGCUCCCAGGCGCCUCCUGGCCAGAUGACCGAGGCUCGCGGACGCUGGGCAUGGGAAGUCCACCGCCUCUCAAGGAUCAGAGAUGGAGAACGGCUGCCCUCAGCGGUUGAAGAAGGAAGCAGGGCAAUCGGCUCCUCCACAGCCGGGAGAUGAGGGGGUGAACAUCGCCGACAUGGAGCUGAGAGAGGAAUGGCAGGAUGAUGGAUUCCCCCGGCCCCUGCCAGAGGAGAUUUCUGGGGAGGAUCUGGAAGAAUCCAGCUCGGAGCUCAGUCCAGUCGCCCCCAGCACCCUGGAACUGUGCGGACGGCGGCGUAUGAAGAAACGCCUCCCGGCGCCGGAUCUCAGCGAAGGGUCCUUAAAAUCCGACGAGUUUACAGAGCGCACCCCCGAUGGCAGCUUAGAUCUGGACCUGGAGGCACUGGAGACGCCAUCCGAAAGCGAGCUGCAAGGAAGCUCCGAGAAUGGGCACGAGUUCGAAUGGGAAGAUGACUUCCCAAGGGCCCAGCGAGUGGACGGCAACUGGAUGGAGAAAUUUGGCCCGGGCCGUGUGAUGGACACCAAGGACCAGGAAGGCAGGAUGUGGCGCAUCUUCCUCACGGACGAUCGGGAACAGAAGGUGGACUUGAGCGCUGUCGGGCCCUACAAGCGCGUCAUUUCCCAUGGAGGGUAUUAUGGUGAAGGCCUGAAUGCCAUUAUCAUGUUCACGUCCUGUUACUUACCGGACAGUUCCAUCCAGGAUUAUCCUUACGUCAUGGAGAACCUCUUUAGGUACAUAAUCGGAACUCUGGAACUGAUGGUAGCAGAGAAUUACAUGCUGGUGUGUCUGAACGGCGCCACUCCCCGUAGCCGGAUCCCUUCCUUUGCCUGGAUCAGACAGUGUUACCAGACCAUAGACAGACGACUCCGGAAGAACUUGAAGACUUUGAUUAUUGUUCACCCUACUUGGUACAUCCGAGCGCUUAUGGCCGUGUUUCGACCUUUCAUCAGUUCCAAGUUCAGCCGAAAAGUGCAGUUUGUGGCUAGUCUUGAUGAACUGUCUGAGUGGAUCCCCAUGGAGCAGGUGCACAUCCCGGAUUGUGUCCGCCAAUUUGAUCUCCUGAAAAGCAGAUAGAUCCCGGAGCUAUCAAGCAGUAAAGCCGUUUUGGGUUUUCUUACACAGCUCACAGCUGAACGAACUCCUUUGGUCAGUGUUUUAAUUUUCUUUUUACAGAUUCAAACACACCCACCCAUCUGUUACCUUUAAAAAUAAUAAUGUAAGAUGCUUUUGGUGAAAACUGUCGAGGAUCACAGGGAGGGGUUUCAAAAUUGUCAUUUGAAAGUCAGCUUUUAAGAUGAAAACGAAGGAAAACAAAGCCUCCCCUUCGACCAGGACGAUUAUGUUCAGUGGAUCAAUUUGAAGAAGGAGGGAGGGAUCUCUGCUAACUGGGCACUUUAGUGGAAAUUCCUUUGCAUAUGCUCAGAGGCACAGUUGUUUAAUAUUGCUAAAUAUACCUUCAUUCACGGAAGUGAUGCUUCCCUCUGAGGUUGGGUGACUGAUGAUGUUACCGUGGGCGUCUUCUCGGUGGCUCAUCAGGCCCUUGUGUGUGCAUAUGUGGGUCUCCUUGUAAGUAUGUUUAGCUUAGCCUUUGUUGAUGAGGUGAGGCCUUCAUAGAAACGGUUUGAAAUGCAGUGUGUGCUUAAGAAAGAGACUUUCAGAGUCUGGGGACAAUAGGAUGCCUGGACUACAAAUCCCAGAAUCCUCUCAGAUAACAAUAGCCAUAUUGGCUGAGAAAUGCUGGACAUUAUGCUUCCCAGAAGUAUUUCUUAUGUAGAACCAACCCCAGCUGAAUUUUUAACUUUUUUUAAAAAAUGAGGGUGGGGCAGCAUAAAUUUUAUUAAAUUUGUUGGCCAGGAUUCUGGGGGUUGUAGUCCAAAGACAAGUAAAUUACUUUUUGAAGCCUAGAAUUGCUGUAUUUUGCAGCUGGAUGGCAACAUAGUAGGGCUUUUGAAAGGGGGAAAGAAAGCUUUUAACUUUUUUUGAGGGGGGUGUUCUGAUGCAGCAGCCUUUUGUGGGAGGGUUUGGCGUUUGCCCUGGGCCUGAUUUGCAUAUAUGCAUAUAAGGUAAUCAUAAUUUUAAAAACCCACAGGGCUCCACGACUGGGGGAAUGUCUAUUUCCCAAAAAAGUUUUCUCCCUAUUAAAAAAAAAAAAUCUGUA